AUGAAUACAGCCCGACCUCUCUACUCACAGAACUGCACAGAUACCGCACAGUCCGGUCAAGGCGGUCUCGGCAGAAGAGAUGAACGUGGAGUUUUCUAUUGGAAUGACGGCACCCCUAUGUCUUACACAGAUUGGUACAGUCCUCCUCAAGGAGCAGGAGGUGACAGACAGCCUAAUGGAGGUUUACUGGAAGCAUGCACGAUGCUAGUCUUCGAUUCAGCCACUUCGACAGAUCUGUCGACCAAUCUCUGGCAUGAUGUAGCGUGUGCAUCUCCUGAAACAAAGCAGUUCAUAUGUGAAACAGAAGCAUCCGGAACGCCAGAAAACUCUAAAGCCUCAACUCUAACAUGUCAAGAAUUUCGAAAUAUUGACACUCUUCCUUACCGCCUUGUACUGAAGAUGAGUUUGCAUGUAGCAAUGGUCAGUGUAUCCCAGCCGGCAAGAGAUGUGAUUUCAUCAGCCAUUGUUACGAUAAAUCAGAUGAAGAUGGAUGUGUGCUACGACGGCUCGCUUUUUCCAAGUAAGGUACAAUGUGAUGGGGUAAUAGACUGCAUAGGAAAUACGAACGAGGAUGAAUAUGAGUGUGGUUAUGGCAAUCCGGAUGAUGCCUGUGAUUCGGCUACAGAUAUCGUGUGCAAUAACGGAGCAUGCGCAUCACACUCAUCACGAUGUCUUUAUGAACUAGAUGAAUAUGGCUUCUUCGCCGGAUGUCGUGACGUCACACAUUUAAGAGCAUGUGGUCAAUGCCCUCAAGGCUGUAAGUGUGAUGCAUUAUCCUACUCCUGCCAUCCGGACCAGGUCGCUCUUAAGCUCCUUCCCCGCCAGCUCAGAAAAUUAUCUCUGAUCUGCGAUGGGCUAGCUGGCCCGUGCAAUUCAUCAUUGCGGAUUGUGACGAAUGAUGACGUCACAGAAGAGACUCGUAAUCAACUCAUGCCCGUAGUGAUGCCGUCUUUGAUUUCUUUGUACUUGGAAGCAUCAUUUCUGGAAGAAAUUCAACAAGGUUCAUUUCUGGAAAACAAAAAUCUUUUGAAUUUGAAUUUGGCGAGGAACAGUAUUCGCAGUCUAUUUCGAGGUACUUUUGAUGGUCUUUUUCGUAUGAAGACGUUAAACCUUUCCAAAAAUCCACUCACGUUAGUCGAGGCGGGGGCAUUUGGGAAUCUCACCCUUCUCCAAGAAUUGGAUCUUCGUGGAACCGACAUCACCGUCACAACAGACACAGGACGUGAUAUGUUCCUAGGAUUGGAGAACCUACAGCAUAUACAUGCUGACCGUUACGUCUUUUGUUGUCUCGCUGGAUUGGUGGAUUCGGUCGGAUGCAAUGCACCACGUGAUCAAUUCUCAUCAUGCGAAGAACUCAUGGCCAGUGGAGUUCUACGGAUUUUCAUCUGGAUUCUAGGAGGCAGUGCUUUCAUCGGAAACGGGUUCGUCUUCGCCUACAGGGUAUUCAAUCAAAAGAAAGACAGAAAAACCUUUGUUCAGUCCAGUUUCAUCACGAAUUUGGCCAUUUCUGAUUUUAUGAUGGGUCUGUACAUGAUCACGAUUGCAUCUGCUGAUAUCUACUACAGGGGGAACUAUGCCUUGCAUGCUGAUGAAUGGCAGUCUAGCGCCCUCUGCAAGGUGGCGGGGAUGCUUUCGGUCAUAUCAAGUGAGGCUUCUGUCAUGUUUAUCAUGAUGAUCAGUGUUGACCGGUGCAUUCACGUCCUUCUCCCCUUCAAACAAGGACUCCAUCUCUCCCCCACAGCUGCUCGAUGUUCUCAGCUAAUCAUCUGGGGUCUCGGAACUCUGGUUAGCGUCCUACCUGUGGUAAUCCCAGCAUACAGCAAAGGCAACUUCUACGGACAGUCCGGGGUCUGUUUGGCUCUGCCUCUGACCGUUGACCGUCCUGCAGGAUGGCAUUACUCAAUCUCCUUGUUCAUUGGAGCCAAUUUUGUAGCCUUCCUUGUGACCCUGCUCUGUUACCUGGCUAUGUACAUCCGCUAUCAACAGUCCAAACAGAUGAUUGCUCAGACAGGUAAAGGAUCCAGAGAUGACAAAAGACUCACUGAAGAUAUGAAGUUGGCAUGGAAGAUGUCACUGAUUGUCGGAACUGAUCUAAUUUGCUGGUUCCCGAUCAUCGUCAUGGGUCUCUUGUCAGCGGCAGGGAAACUUACUAUAUCGGCUCAGGUGUAUGCCUGGACUGCUGUUUUCGUCCUCCCUGUCAACUCAUCUCUCAACCCUUACCUCUAUACACUCUCUAGUAUGCACGGGAAGAAACAGAAGGCCAAGAAAUCUGCCAAUUCAGUUACAGAAUCGAAUAAAACGAUUGAGAGCAGCUUUGGGGAUGGAGACGGUUCUUCUACGGCUAUAGCUACCCCUUUUACUAUUCGGCCCGUCCCGGUUGUGCAGCACCUUGAACACUGGUUGAAGGGUGAAUCUCGUGACUUGACCCGACAAGAACUUGAGGUCAUCGGACAAGACAUUAGCCAAUCACAUGCGCUCUUGAGAAAGGCUGGCAACACCGUGGAUGGAUGUUUAAAGAACAUUGUCGUUCAAAUAGAUGGAGCUAAUAGAAUCCAGAGGGCCUUUGUGAUUUUGGAUCCUCCGACGUUCAAUUUGGUAUCGGAUGAGCAGUGCAACGAUGAACCUAACCAGGCCAAUAUCAAUCUCGCUAAGGUUAUGGGGUUACUCCAGGAAAUACACGAAUUGAAGUAUUAAAGGCCUACUGGACAACUUGCAAUGACGAUGGAAACGCCAUUAAUCUCAACAACAACAUUGUAGCUACUUGCUCCCUCUAUAAUAUAAAACAAUGCCUAA